AUGAUGUUCAGCGCUUUAAUGAAAGAGUCACCGGGGCAGCAGAGACUCCGGGCGCGGUUUGAAGGGUGGAUGAAGGAGCUCAGUCGAGAUAAAGCCCUCCAAGAGAAACUGAUUUCAAAGUUUGAGGCUGGCUGCCAAAGAGUCCAUCCCGGGGAAGAAUACCUGAUCGCUCUGCAGCAGGAUAACGUACGGCCUGUUUUCGAUCCAAUACGUGAGGUCGGCCAAAUACGCCAUCUCGAAUGGGAGCUUGAUAGCCGACUAUAUACGCGUAUGCUCCGCAAAACCGUCCGCCAACAGAUCCAAUCCUUCUCCAUGAGACUGGACGCGCAAACAGAGUUCGAUGCCCAUACUCAGUCGUACAUGUCAAGCAUGAUCUGGACGGGGACAUGUCGCAGCUGGUACAAGAACAGUACCACUGGCAAAAUCACGGCGCUGUGGCCUGGCAGCUCGCUGCAAUAUAUGCAGACCCUUGCGGAGGAUCGGUGGGAGGACUUCCAUUUCACGUACAGAGGCAACCGGUUUGCCUACUGGGAGAAAGGCCUUUCGUGGGUGGAGAACCAGGACAUAGACUGUCUCGGGAGGGAGGAGAGGAAGGCCAGGGAAGCAAGUACAGUGCCCAAGGUGGGAGGGGAUCUGGGCUAUUAUGUUGUGGAUGGAGAGGCGCUGUCUUCUCUGGAUAUUAAGUCUCUGGAUAUGGAUGGGGACUCAAACGAAGAUGACUUAAAUGCGAUGGCUAGACUAUGA